AGAGAGAGUGAACGAGUGAGGAGUGAGAGAGAGAGUGAGAGAGAGAGAGAAAGAGUGAACGAGUGAGGAAUGAGAAAGAGAGAGAAAAAGAGUGAACGAAGAGUGAGAGAGAAUGAGGGCGUGGUGUGAGGGGAUAGACGAACGGCACGUGCACGUUGAGUGAGUCUCUCAUCGACAACGACCUUCAGUUCAUCACCAAACGUUACUUAUACGAGUCGCGUGAUUUACUUGCUUCUAACCGGCACGAACAUAACCUUAACAAAUUCUUCGAUAUUCAAUUCAACGUGUCUGCUACUAUGAUAACAGAUAGAACGAGACUCGCUUAUGUUACCGCAGCCGCAGUUGGCGCCGGUACAGCAGUUUUUUUUAUUUGGUGGUGGUGGAGUCGCAAACAAAAGUAUCGGGCACCUUCGAAAUGGAGAAAGGUCGGUGAACUUAGCGAUCUUGCUGCAUAUCCGGUGAAAUCAUUGGGCCCAAUUAGAUACACGUCGAUGGAAUGUACUAUGUUGGGCCUUAGAGUGGGAUGGUUACGAGAUCGUACAUUAAUGGUUAUCGAUCUUGAUGGAAACUUUGUCACUGGUAGACAAUUACCAAAAAUGGUUCAGGUAUCACCAAGUAUUACGGGUUCAGUUUUAACCUUGAAUGCACCAGGCAUGAUGUCGGUGUCAAUAGAUCUUGCUUGUAUCAGAGGAAAAGGUUUUCGUGCUGCGGUAUGGGGUCAAGCAGUAGCUGCUUGCGAUUGUGGAGAAGAAGCAGCCAGAUGGUUGUCACGUUUUUUACUUCAGGAAGAUGCCGGUCUUCGUUUGGUUUAUUAUCCGUUAGAACGACCAUCAAGAGAAAUACGAGAGAAGAAUAGGAUUUUCCCUUUGACCGAGAGCAUAGAUACCGGUGCUUAUCCAGAUGCUACGAGCUAUAGUCUGAUAAACGAGUCCUCGGUAACGGAUUUAAAUUCUCGAUUGGAAGAAUCUGUUACACCGUCGAACUUUCGAGCGAAUUUUGUCGUUAAAGGAGCGAUCGCCUUGGAAGAAGAUAUUUGGGAUUGGGUUAAGAUAGGAGACGUAAUUUUUAGAAACAUUAAACCUUGCACAAGAUGUAUAUUUACCACGGUUGAUCCAGAAACUGGUAAAAAAAGUCCGAAGGUCGAACCUUUGAAAACAUUGAAAAGCUAUAGGCAAAUCAUGGAUCCAGAUAUUCGUCCGUUUACUGGAGAUUGUCCGGUCAUGGGAAUUCAUCUUGGUUUAAGAGGACCAAAUGGUUUUGUACGUUUAGGCGAUUCAGUUUACGUUGGUAUUCCAAACGAAGAAGAAACCCCUGUAAUAUCGCCACCAUAGCUACACCGAUGGGCCUCCUGCGAGGAUGAAAUUAUUUUUGACGAAGUUAAUUCUCUCGUUGGAGACCAUAAAACGUGACGUGUUUACAUUGGGGGAGAUAUAAAAAGGAGAAUUAUAUUCAACGUGUUGUUCCUCUUCGAACUUCGAAAUAGAUUUUACAAAAAAACGUACUUCUUAAGAUUUAUUAGCAAUAAUAUUAAGAAAAGAUAUUUCGAAUAUUUUCGACAUAAUGGUGCCAACAAAAGUCAUCAUAAUCAAGAGUAUACGUACCAAUGAUUCAUAAUGAAAUUUCUUUGCUAAUUAGAUUAAUUAAUUAUUUUAUCGUCGUAUUUAAAUAGAUUAGUAGUGGCAAUAUAUACACAUAUAUAUAUAUAUAUAUAUAUAUAUAUAUAUGAGAGAGUUUCCAUCGUUAUGAGUAUUACUGGAUUAGCGAGUUAUAUUUUUGUACGAUGGUUAGAAUUACGUUGAUUAGAUCUAUUUACUAUUUACUCGAUACGCUUUUCAAAAAAAAAAAAAAAAAAAAAAAACGAAAGGGAAUGAAUGAAUGUCGAAUAACGAUAACUUUGUACAGAAGAUGUUAUCGAUUAAGAACAAAUUCUUUUCUAAUUGAGAUAAUUUUUUAAUUGAUCAUUAAAUCGUAAAGUCGAUUUAAAGAAGGAAAAAGAAAAAAAAUUAAUAUACACUAGAUGUAUUUCUUAUUACAAUAAUAUUUAUUUACACUACAAAACAACGAGGUUCGAUUUACACAUAUAAAUAUAAUGCGUUUCGUUUUGUUAUAACAUAAGAAAACACAUUCUUUCACGACGUUACGAAUUGUCUCCUUGAAUUUUCUAUAUUAUUCUCUUUAGAAGUUUUCAAAGAGAGAAAGAGAGAGAGAGAGAGAGAAAGAGAAAGAGAGAGAGAGAGAGAAACAUUAAUUCCGUAUUCUGAGCGUUUGAAUAAAUACUUACGUAAUUUUUAUUACGAAUAAGUAUUUUUCGUAAAUAUUAUGCAUAAGUACGUACUUACGUUGAAUUGAAUUAGAUUGCAAACGAAGAAUUAGACAAAUAGAUCUUCGAAAUAAUGUAUAUUACUCGUUAACAUCAAAAACCAAUGGAGUUUGUAUUAUUUAAACAAUGAUUUGUUUAUUCGAA